AUGGUCCAAGACCAGCUGCACCUUCUGUUGACACAAGGCUUUGUACUUUUUGUGGGAAGCCAAGAUGAUGAUCCUACUGUUGUUGUUCAGCAUUCUGAAGGUACUCCUAUUAGUCAAUCCCAAGGGAGUCUUGGUAAUAUUCCUGGUUUUGGUUUCAUUCAAGAUCAAUACCAAGGUUUGUUGGCCCUACUUCAGGCUUCACAAAUUAAUUCAUCUACUAAUUCUAACUCAGUUCAGUCUCCUCCUGUUCAUACAACCAAUCUUAAACUUCCAAACUGGAAGAUAAUUAGUAUAGCUAAAGAGCAAAGAGGCCUCUAUACACUGAACAAUCCUGCAAGUUCAUUUCAUUUUCAUAAAUUCUUUGCUUCUUCCUCUAUUGCCUUUGAUCCUUGGCAUUAUAGACUUGGACAUCCAUUUGAUUCAAGACUCAAAAUUCUUCAACAAUAUCUUUCUAGUUUUUCUCCUGUAAAUAAUGCUAAUUGUGACAUUUGUCAUUUUGCUAAACAAAAGAAACUCUCAUUUGCUUUGUUACCAAUGAUCUACAGUACUCUUUAUCCCUUAGAGUCUGUCAUUUCAUAUUCUCAUCUUUCUCCUACACAUAAACAUUUUGUUCUCUCUAUUACUGCUCAAGACAAACCUAAAACUUUUCAACAAGCUGUAAAACAUGAUUGUUGGAGAAAGGCUUUGCAGGCUGAAAUCCAGGCUCUUAAGGAAAAUAAAACUUGGAAUAUUACUGAGUUACCUACUUGCAAAACUCCAAUGGGUUACAAAUGGGUUUUUAAGAUCAAAUAUAAGGCGGAUGGGACAAUUGAAAGGCAUAAUGCACAUUUAGUUGCAAAAGGGUACUUCAGCAAGAGGAAAACUUCAACAAAUAUUAUAGUGCUUCUUGUUUAUGUCGAGGAUGUCAUCCUAGCUGGCACUAAUCUUGUAGAGAUUAAUGGAGUAAAAGCCUUUCUUGACCAUAAAUUUAGAAUUAAAGACCUUGAAAAUUUAAAAUUUUUCCUUGGCCUUGAAGUGACUAGAACUUCUUCUGGUAUCAUUUUAAGUAAGAGAAAGUAUGCCCUUGAUAUACUCCCUGAUGUAGGCUUCUUGGAUUCCAAACCGACUCUUACACCAAUGGACAGCAAGUUGAAACUUAGUCAAUCAGCAGGUGAUCCUCUCAUUGACAUUCAACAGUAUGGAAGACUUGUUGGUAGGCUUUUGUAUCUCACUUCUACAAGGCCGGAUCUUUCUUUUGCCACACAACAAGUAAGAUGUGUGGAUUCUCACAAAUCUAUAACUGGUUAUUGUAUUUUUCUUAGAGGGUCAUUUAUAUGUUGGAGAGAUAAGAAGCAAUCAACAGUAUCUCGAUCCUCUUUAGAAGAAGAGUAUCAAGCACUAGCUUCAACAACUUGUGAGUUACAGUGGUUGUGUUACUUGCUCAAAGAUUUCCAUGUUCCUCACUCAAACCCAGCACUUCUUUUCUGUGAUAAUAAAUCAGCUCUCCAGAUUGCUGCUAAUCCCACCUUCCAUGAACGUACUAAGCAUAUUGAGAUAUAUUGCUAUCUGCUAGCAGAUAUUUGCACAAAGUCGCUUCCUGUAGCUUCUUUUCAAAAGCUUACUGCCAAGCUGGAAUUAAUUUGUGGUGAGGUUGCUCAAUUGGUGCACUGCAAUGCAGCUGAGAGAGAGGCUCUUCUUGACCUCAAAAUGGGUCUUAAUGAUAGCUGGAGUCGGCUUUCCUCAUGGCAUGGAACCAAUUGCUGUCAAUGGUCAGGAAUAGCUUGUCACAAUACAACUGGUGCUGUUCUCGUAGUUGAUCUCCCAAAUUCAUCAGGUCGUCAGCCAUUAGGUGGGGAGAUUAGACCUUCACUUGCAAAACUCAAGUCCUUGAAACAUCUGGAUUUAAGUGGGAACAAUUUCGCUGGUAAAAUUCCUCAUUUCUUGUCCUCUUUGGAGAACUUGCAAUAUCUAAACCUGUCAUAUGCUGGGUUUAGUGGUGCAAUUCCUCCAAAUCUUGGAAACCUCUCUAGCUUGCAGUUCCUUGAUGUCUCUUAUUGGGGUUUAACUGUUGAUAAUCUUGAAUGGUUGAGCGGUCUUCUUUCACUAAAAUAUUUGGCAAUGAAUUCUGUACACCUUUCAAAGUUAGGAGGAGAAUGGAUUGAGCCAUUAAACAAGCUUCCACUUUUAUCUGAGUUGCACUUAGAAUAUUGUGGUUUAUCUGGUUUCUCCUAUUCUCUUCCUUCUCUUAAUUUUACUUCGCUUAAAGUCCUAAACCUUCAGGGCAGCCUCUUCAAGGCUAAGUUGCCAACUUGGCUUGCGAACAUUAGCAGCCUUGUAUCUGUUGACAUCGGAAAUAGCUGGUUGACUGGAAGGAUUCCACUUGGUUUUGGUGAAUUACCAAAUUUGCAGUCAUUGAAGCUUAAUUAUAAUUUGAAACUCUCAGCAAGUUGCUUCCAACUAUUUGCAAGAAGCUGGAAAAAGAUACAAAUUCUUGAUUUAUCUAUCACUGGGUUACAUGGUAGACUUCCUACUCUUCUUGGAAAUAUGACAUCUCUCAUUCAUUUUGAUUUACACUUCAAUUAUAUUGACGGUGGGAUUCCAAGCUCCAUUGGCAAGCUUUCUAAUUUGCAGUACAUUGACUUGUCUUUAAACAACCUGACCGGAAGUUUACCGGACUCAAUUGGCCAUCUCAAGAAUCUUGUCGAACUCCGGUUGAACAGUAACUUGCUUCAAGGUUCCAUUCCUUCUUCUAUUGGAAACUUACAGCGUUUGACUACCCUCACGCUUGCGUCAAAUAAGCUAAAUGGUACUCUGCCUGCUAGCAUUGGACUGCUCUCUGAGUUGUCUUCCCUUGAUGUUUCUCUCAAUAAAUUGACAGGUGUUAUUUCAGAAGCACAUUUUCGUAGGCUGGGGAAACUGGAGAAAAUUGGUCUAUCAGAAAAUUCUUUCAUUCUAAAUGUCAGCUCCAACUGGGUCCCUCCUUUCCAAGUCAUUUUCUUGCAGAUGGGUUCAUGCCAUCUGGGUCCUUCCUUCCCUUCUUGGCUUAGAUCUCAAAAACAGGUCCAAGUUUUAGAUUUCUCAGGGGCUGGUAUUUCCGGUUCUAUCCCAAAAUGGUUCUGGGACAUGACUAGCAUUCUAGCCUUUUUGAAUGUUUCUUUCAAUAGUUUAGAGGGUCAUAUACCAAAUCCAUUCAAUGUAACUUCCUAUGCAAAUGUUGAUUUGAGCUCCAACCAAUUCAAAGGACCCAUUCCUCUUCCAAAUGUCUUCUUACUAGAUCUUUCUAAUAACCAGUUUUCAGGUAGUAUACCAGAAAAUAUUGGUCAAGUCAUGUCAAUGUUGUCAUUUCUUUCACUUUCUGGUAACGAGUUGACCGGUGCAAUCCCAGUCUCAAUCGGAGAGAUAUCGCUCGAUGUCCUUGAUCUCUCAAAAAAUAACUUGGCAGGAAGCAUUCCUUCAAGCAUAGGAAAUUGUUCUUCUCUCACUGUUCUAGACCUUCAAAAAAACAAUUUGUCUGGUGGGAUUCCAAACUCUAUAGGUCAGAUAACUGGGCUUCAAACACUUCACUUGAGCAACAACCAACUCUCAGGAAAAAUUCCAUCAUCUCUUCAAAAUUUGUCAAAGUUGGAAACUUUAGACUUCGGAAACAACAUGUUGACAGGAAAUUUACCACGAUGGAUUGGAGAAGAUUUUCCGCGUCUCAGGAUACUUAGUCUCAGGUCAAAUAAAUUUUCUGGAGAACUUCCCUUGGCACUUUCAAAUUUGAGUUCCCUGCAAAUUUUGGAUCUGGCGGAAAACCAAUUAAAUGGUUCCAUUCCUGCUAACUUGAGCAAUCUUAAAGGCUUGACUCGACAGCAGAACGUUAACCAUUAUUUGCUUUAUGGAACUCUUUCUGAACAUCACAAUUACCAAGAGAACAUAUAUGUGACCAUAAAUGGCCUUGAAUUAAUGUACACUAGGACUCUUUCCCUGCUAACCAGUAUAGAUAUGUCUGGAAACAAUUUCAGUGGAGAACUUCCUGAAGCAGUAACAAAAUUAGUUGGUUUGGAAGUUUUGAAUCUAUCAAGAAACCACAUCAGUGGCCAGAUUCCUAAGAGCAUUUCAGAAUUGCGUCAGUUGUUAUCUCUUGAUCUCUCAGGCAAUAGGCUUUCAGGUCCUAUUCCCCAAAGCAUAUCUUCAUUGACAUUUCUGGGGAAUUUGAAUGUGUCAAACAAUAACUUGUCAGGCAUAAUACCUUCUACAAAUCAGAUGUCAACUUUUAAUGCAUCCUCUUUUGCUGGGAACCCUGGUCUAUGUGGAGAUCCUCUUACGGUGAAGUGUUCGAAUGAUUCAAACAAUGGAGGUGACAAUUAUCCAGAUGGUGGAGGGAAGGCAGAUCAGGCUGACAAUGGCAAUGGCUUCAUCGAUAAAUGGUUUUACAUGAGCAUUGGGGUGGGAUUUGCAGCAGGUUUAUUGCUUCCUUAUUUAGUUUUUGCAAUGAAAAGGUCUUGGGGUGGAGUGUACUUUGCAUUUGUGGAUGGAACUGCUUAUAGAUUGUCAAGUGAGAAAAUGAAAGCAGCUACAAGAAGAAGAAAUCGUGGGGCACGCUGA